UUUUCCUUUCAUAACAAAAGAGAACUUUUUUUUAUUUUUACAGAUCAAUGCAGUCACUUGAAUAUUUACAUAAAAAAUUGGAAGAAAGAUGUAGACCAAGAAGCCAUUCUAUGGAGGAUUCAAGGCCUAAAAGUGAUUAUCUCCAUCCAAAAUAUUCACUCCCGCCUUCAAAAUGUGGUCCAGAUUGGGAAAUUGUAUUUAAUUGUAUAUUUAUUUUUAAUUAA